UUCAAGUCGCUUAGUCGCUGUAACUUUUGCUUUUGGUCCGAGUUACAUCUUUCAGGCUUCGAUAGUUCGAUCAGCCUUUUGUCAGGUGCUGCAGAUUUUGCCCGAGUAUUUAUCUUUUCGUGGAACAUGCACGUAUUUGCUGGCGGUUGUCACAGUGCCGAUGUGAGUAUUGUGUACGAAAUGUACCAGUGGAACAGCGUGGAUGUGCUGAUUAACGGGACGCUGCAGCACGGCAUCGUCGUUGGGCUGGCGUCUGGGGACGAGGCGAACAAGGGCCUACUGGUCGACUUCGACUGUCCGCAGCGUCACUGCGAGUGGGUCGAGUACGACAGCGUCUUCAGGGUCCCGUACGUGCCUCUCGGCCGCUGGGAACGCUGGAAGAAUCCUGCAUGGGCUAAACCCAUCCUCUCCAAGCUCUACUGCGCAUCGGGGCAGAUCGCGCGUGGACGUGGUACUGGUAUCCUAUCCAGCUAGCUAUGCCCGCGGACGCCCUAGUGUGCAAAGCGUCGUGCAACGAUAUCCGCUGUGGACUGGUGGUGGUGCAGUGGAGCGAUGCUGCUGUGACGACAGAGCUGAUUCCGUAUUGCCAGAUCCGCCGUGUGCCUUCGCCUGAAGAUCUGCAGGAGCGCCGCGUAGGGCCGGAUUGUUUUGUCAGCCGCGAAUGCCGCCUGCCCAGGGGAUAUUGGUCUGCGCCUCCGGGGGCGACGAGAAUGCUGUGGCAGAAGUUCAGUCGCGAGUUUAAUGCCUGCUGCAUCGCCGUUCGCAGUGAGUUCCACAUACUUCCAGCGCCACGGUUGACUGGCGUUUUCACUCGACCGAUUGCCGAUUGCGAGUGUGAAGGCAGCCCGGAAGGGGAAUGGGAUGGAUAUCGCUUCGUUCCCACGUUAAAACGAGUCAAAGCUCCGCGUACAGAAGUCUCUCAAGCGGGACGCGGCAUCCCCUUGCCACGGGAAAUAUUGGCGGAAAUCUUCCAGUCACUAGACACCAUCGAACGGGUGAGGAAGCGUCGCGUCUGCUGUUUCUGGGAUGCUGUGCUACUGCUGGAUGCGGAUGUGGGUGCAUCCGGCAAGCAGCUGUGGAUCUCCGGCCGGCAUUCCUUCCAUGUGGCACACACUGAGCAGGGGGAGCAGUUUCUUCUGGCUGGUUGCGUACUCAAGUACGCCACUCCCGCCACGAACACCAUCAUUCUGGAGGAGCUAUCGGAGUUAGCGUGCUGGUCGCGGGACAUGUAUGGAUUGCUGGCGAUUCUCUUGCAAGAUCGGCGCAUUAGGACACUGGUCCUGUCACGGUGUGAUUUCUGCGAUCAUUACAGCGAUGCGCACGAUUACCUAGACUGGGUUAACGGGAAACUGUCCAGGCUGGCCGCGACGUGCCGUGUGGUGGUGUGGCAGGAUUGCCAGUUGACGCUGAGGCAGACCACCGCCCAAGUGGCUCGUGCACAAUUCUGCCUGCAUAAUGACCCCGCACACCGAUUGGCGCAGUUGUGGGAUGCCUAUGAAAGAUCACUGGUGGGGAGUGUCGAAUUGCCGAGGCUCGCCGAGUGGGUGGCGCGUUGUGUCAGCACUCACAAUUCUGAAGCGUGCGAUUACAUCUUAUGGGUUUUACUCGAGUAUAGUAGUGCUGAUCCGCGCACAGACCAGCAGAGUGCUAAGAAAAAAUGGACAAUGGAUAAUCUGAACAAGUUGGAUGUGUACAAGCUGACGAAACUGGCACAAUUUGCCUUGAACAGCCGGGUUCACGACCGUUAAAGAUUGUAAUUUCUACAGUAUUUUGUACAAGUGUUGCGUGCGCUGAUUGUAAUUGUAAGAUCACUGAGGUGUCUUCUGAUAACGACGACAGCGAAGUUAUAAUUCGGGUUCGCAGUUCAGUUUACGGAUUACUUUGUUGCUUUUUUAUGAAUGCGCUAGCAACAAUCUCGAAAUUUCUUCCGUUAUCGAAACCUUUGAAGUUUGAAGAGGGCAAACUAAGAUUUGGACU